UAGUUGUUAACUAAUCUCUGCUGUUUGGAAACCUUUAGUGUGAAUUUUGUGUACUAGAUAUUUUCUUGUUGUAGCUUUUGUUUAGAGUAGUAUUGAGGAAACAAUUUAUAUAAAAAAAGAUAUGGAUGAACGAUUGGUUCGUGGCGAUCAAACCGCCUUUUAUAGUCUUAUGCGAAAAAGAUGUAUUAAUAACAAGGACUUCAGUGAUGCUGUGUUUUUGGUGGGGCCACAACGACAAGUUGUUUAUGGUCAUAGGUGCUUGCUUGCUGCGAGAUCAGAGACAUUUCGGUCUAUGUUCUCUCAAAUGCCGUCACACAGCGCUGCGAGCCGAGAAUCUCCGAUAAAUUUGCCCGAAGUACGCCCAGAAGUAUUCCUAACCGCAUUAGAUUAUAUGUAUACAAACUGCUGCACUUUAACCAGCGAUCUUGCGCCCGAUGUGAUGUCCCUUUCAAUGGAAUAUAACCUGGAUGGCUUGAGAAAGUUAAGCGCGCGCUUCUUGUUGGAUGGAAUGAACGUUGAAACAGCUUGUGACGUUCUGCAGUCAGCAGUUAUUCAUGCCCAACCUGAUAUGCUCCAGAAAGCACUCGAUUAUUGUAUGAAAAAUGCUCACGAUAUUUUUAUGACCGAAAAAUUCAACGAACUAUCGCCAGAAACACUAGGGGCGCUGCUAAGGGGAGAUUCGCUUGAAGCUGACGAGUUGGAGGUUCUAAACGCCAUCAGAAAAUGGGCACGUGGCAAUGCAAUUGUAGCUGGUCGGCAUAUGAAGGAGGUAUCGAGUUCGGUGAUUCCCCUCGUGAGGCUACCGCUUGUUUCCCCUGAUGAGCUGACGAAGAUUGAAGAGGAAAACAAAAAAGACAUGGUCAUUCCAAUGCAACAACUGGCGGCAGCGUGGCGUUUCCACGCACUUAAAGAAAACACGCCAUUCUCUUACCAUACAACUUUACGUCUCGGCACUAAACAUAGAGAAAGUCACAAAUACCUACCAAAAGACAAGUGAUUGGAAAAACAUAAAUCUAUUGCCUUUACUUUGCUUUUUAUGUAUCGGUAUGAAAAUUAAAUUUAUAAUGCGUGCUUUCA